AUAGGUCGCACCGCAACAUAGCUCACUGGAGUGGCAGGUAUACCUACACUUGUAGCAUCAGUUAUCUUGCCCAGUGCCAGCUGAGCUAGCCAUAUAGCUCCGUCGCCUGCUUCCGACAGCCCGCUCCGAUGAAGGUGGCGGCGGCGGAAGGGGGCAGGCGGUACGCGCUGCUGCUAGCGGUGAACGACUCGGACUACGCCAGGAAGGCGCACGGCGGGUACCGAAACGUGUUCCUCCGCGCCCUCCGCUCCGGCGACCCCGACGAGGCGUGGGACUGCUACCGUGUGAUCGACGGCGAGUUCCCGGCGGCGGAGGAGCUGGGCCUGUACGACGGCUUCGUGGUGAGCGGCAGCCCGCACGACGCCCACGGCGACGGCGCCCCAUGCUGGGUCCGCCGCCUCUGCCUCCUCCUCCGGACCGUCCACGCCAUGGGGAAGCGCGUCCUCGGCGUCUGCUUCGGCCACCAGGCCCUGUGCCGCGCGCUGGGCGGGAGGGUUGGCAGGUCGUCCAGCGGCUGGGACGUCGGGGUGAAGGAGGUGACCUUCGUGGACGAUAUUGAAUGGCCGUUCGAGUUCUUUCCCCUGGAGCCACAGCCACCCCGGAGGGCCUCCAUCAUCGAGGUUCACCAAGAUGAGGUGUGGGAGGUACCACCGGGUGGAAAGGUGCUGGCCUACUCCCACAAGACGCGUGUGGAGAUGUUCGCCGUCGGCGACAAUGCCCUCGGCAUCCAGGGCCACCCGGAGUACACGAACGACAUCCUGCUGAACCUCACCAACCGCCUCGUCAACAACAACACCAUCGGUGGGUGCGUGGGCGAGGAGGCGCGGAGGACGGCGGAGAGCGGCGAGCCGGACCGCGAGUUCUGGACGGGGCUCUGCAAGGCCUUCCUGAGGGGAACAGGAUGCGACCGCGCCCCCAGGCCGCCGCUGCAAGGACCGGCGGCGCCCGAGCUUAGCUGCAGCCACCACGUCGCUCACUUCCCUCCCACCGCCGCCCCGAUUGGCUUGUAGCGCUUUGCAGUUGCACGGACCGGCUGUUGUUAGUUCGCCGCAUGCAUGUGAUCGCUAGCUGCAGUAAUACGAUGGUACGGCUGCAUGCAUGCACGUACCAUCGGUGAAGCGUUUGUGUCAGCAAUAAGACGGGUGGCUGAAUUUUUUCGCAUGUGCUGCGUUACACAUAGCAUGUCUUGUAGUUGUAUGGUUGGAUAACGGAUAUAAGGUCUGAGGAACUGCAAUUAUCGACAGGAUAUAUGUAUGUAUUUUGGUUGGAGUUAA